AAUCAACCACGCCGGUCUUUCGCUUGUCUGUAUUCUGCAUGUGGUUUUCAAUUUCAGUAAAACACGUGUUUUCUAUUCUAUAAUUAUAAUAAUAUUGUAGUUUCAUUGAAGUUUGAUAGGUAGCUUAGUGUUUAUUUCGUGAAAAAAGCAUAGUAACUAUUGCGUCUAAUUUGAACAUAGCAAGCUCGUAAUACAGUGCAUUAUUUUGUAAUUAAUCCAAUAUGACUGAUGAAAACGUGGUAACUGAAACCAAUGGACAAGGAUCGACCGAUACGGAAAAUAAUGCAGAGGAAGAGACUGAUUUGGAGAAAGCCAUCAUUAGGCAAAUAGAAUAUUACUUUGGUGAUCUAAAUCUUCCCAGGGAUAAAUUUUUGCGAGAGCAGGUAAAACUCGACGAUGGCUGGAUACCACUUGAAAUCCUUGGAAAAUUUAACCGUCUUGCCAAACUCUCUACUGAUUCUGAUGUUAUUGCAAACGCAAUGAACAAGUCAACUUCUGGAUUAAUUGAGGUAUCCGAAGACAACAAGAAAAUACGAAGAAAUCCAGAGAUGCCUAUUCCAGAAAUGAAUGAGGAGAGGCGUAAAGAACUCACCGGGAGAACGGUCUAUGCAAAAGGAUUCCCUUUAGAUGCUUCACUCGAUGACAUAUUAAAAUACUUCAAACAGUUUGAGGAAGUAGAAAAUAUUAUCAUGAGGAGAUAUCAAGACCGACAAACAAAAAAACGUCUUUUCAAAGGAUCAGUAUUUGCUACAUUUAAGACAAAGGAACAGGCUGAAAAAUUUUUAGACACCAAGGGCUUAAAAUACAAUGAGACUGAUCUUCUGAUACUGUGGCAAGAUAACUAUUUGCAGCAAAAACAAGAAGAAUAUGCCGCUAAGAAGGAUAAGAAAGACAAAAAACAUAAAGGAAAAGAUACAAAAGAAGAAAAGGAAGAAUUCAAGUUACCCACAGGAACGGUUCUUCACUUCAGUCAGGGUCAUGAUAAAAUGACCAGAGAAGAUAUCAAAGAAGCUCUUACUCCUCUAGGUCAGGAAAUUGCAUAUGUAGACUUUAAAGUAGGCGAUGCUGAAGGAUGGGUGCGUUUAUCCAAAGAGAAUAGUGCUAAAGAAUUAGCAGAAAAAAUAACGGAUGGCAAAAUCAAAAUUGGCGAAUCAGAAGUCGUAUUCCGUGUUUUGGAAGAUGAAGAAGAGAAAACAUAUUUAGAUAAAACUGUUGAAGAAAUGUCGAAACGUCGCAAGAAUAUGAAAAAUUUCAAACAGAAUAAAGGCAAAAACUUCAAGGGAAAGCAAGGGAGAAAGAGAAAGCCAGAUCACAACAACGACGGGCCUCCAGCCAAGAUAAAAGCUAAUGAUAGUUAAUAAUCUUAUAAUAGUUUCAAAAUUAUAUUUAAAAUUUUCUCCGUAGCCUUUUGUAUAAGCGUACAAAUAUAAAAUGACUUCAAACACGUAACUUCCUAACUUGUUAGUAAAUAAGUUAGGUUUAGUAAUAUUAUAUAGACAUGUUUAAAUCCGAAUAUGUGGAACUGUGUCACUUUUGUUUUAUAUUAACAAUAAUCAUAUGAUUAAAAGUUAUAUUUUA